AUGAUCAACGAGGAGCCCGGCUAUGAGAAGGCGAAUCAUGAACCUUCGACGCAGAGGCGCAUAGUAGUCCUCAUCUCGGGCUCAGGCACUAAUCUGCAAGCCCUCGUUGACGCACAGAACACUCCGGCUCUGCCUGACACACGCAUAUCACUCGUGCUCUCCAACCGCAAGGCCGCAUAUGGCCUUACCAGAGCAUCUCAGGCAGAUCCACCGAUACCCACCGCCUACCUUGCCCUCCAGCCUUUCCUGAAAGCCAAUCCGGGCAGAACGCGGGAUGACUACGAUGUCGAAGUUGCCCGAAUCAUAAUCAGGGAGAAGCCGGACCUGGUCGUCCUCGCUGGCUGGAUGCAUAUUAUGGGUGACGGAUUUCUCGAUGUGAUAAACGGCGACCGAGUACUUGAGGGCGAAGAAAAGGUGGAGAAGCCUAUCCCAGUCAUCAAUCUUCACCCUGCGCUGCCUGGUGCCUUCGACGGUGCGAACGCCAUCGAAAGAGCGUACGAGGCUUUCCAGAAGGGCGAAAUCUCACACUCGGGGGUCAUGGUCCACCGCGUGGUCAAGGAAGUAGAUCGCGGAGAGCCCUUGCUUGUGCGGGAGAUCGAGAUCAAGAAAGAUGACUCCGUGGAGAGCUUUGCAGACAGGUUGCACAAGACUGAAUGGGAGAUCAUCGUUCAGGGCGCCGCGAAGGUAUUAGAUGAGGUUGCCCCCUUCCCAGUGAGCCGCCAAUUUGUCACAGUGGCACGGGACACUAACUGUUCGCUUCUCACAGCUGUCAUGAAGAACGAAAAAAUGUAUCAUUAUAACAUGUAUGACCAUAUAUCUGCUCCUAUUGGUCUCAUCGAGUCACAUCUUUACCAGUUGUAUCUAUAG